CGCCCACGACAAUCGGCCGUACACGUAGAAAACAAACAGACAAGGCUACUUUUAAAAGCACAGCACAUCAGGCGCAAUGCAAUAAGCCCUGUGCGCCAGACAGAUAGCAGAUACCACUAGCUCCAGGACCAGGCCUUGCCCUCCACGCCCGGACUUGAUCCACGAUAGCACGGGGCAGUCCCGGACGAAAAAUGCUAGGUGGCAAGCGAACAGGGUCGCGGCACAUAGCCGUAGUGCUGCUGAUGUGCCUCUUUUGGUACGUGAUCUCCUCAAGCAACAACGUGAUUGGCAAGAUGGUCCUUAACGAAUUUCCGUUCCCGAUGACGGUGACUCUGGUCCAGCUGUGCAGCAUCACGUUGUACAGCGGACCCUUCUUCAACCUGUGGCGCAUUCGAAAGUACCAGGACAUCCCGCGCUCCUACUACUACCGCCUGAUAGUCCCGCUGGCGCUGGGCAAGCUCCUGGCCUCCGUCACCUCCCACAUUUCGCUGUGGAAGGUACCGGUUUCCUACGCUCACACAGUAAAAGCCACAAUGCCACUAUUCACCGUCGUUCUGACGCGCCUCUUUUUUGGUGAGAAACAACCGACACUCGUGUACCUCAGCCUGCUGCCCAUCAUUACGGGAGUGGGCAUUGCCACCGUCACGGAGAUCUCCUUCGACAUGAUGGGUCUGAUUAGUGCCCUCAUCUCAACAAUGGGCUUCUCCAUGCAAAACAUCUUUUCCAAAAAGGUGCUCAAGGACACCAACAUCCAUCAUUUACGGCUGCUGCAUUUGCUUGGCCAGCUGUCGCUGUUCAUCUUCCUGCCCCUCUGGUUGUACAUGGACAGCUUUGCUGUAUUCCGCCACACGGCAAUUAAAAACCUGGACUACCGGGUGAUUGCCCUGCUUUUCGCAGACGGCGUUCUUAACUGGCUGCAGAACAUCAUCGCCUUCAGCGUCUUGUCGCUAGUCACUCCACUAACCUAUGCAGUGGCCAGCGCCUCAAAGCGGAUCUUCGUGAUUGCCGUAUCGCUCUUGAUCCUCGGCAAUCCGGUUACGUGGGUCAACUGCCUCGGCAUGACGCUGGCCAUUGUGGGUGUGCUGUGCUACAAUCGCGCCAAACAGAUCACGCGGGGCCGGGAGAAGCCCACGCUUCCGCUGUCGCAGAACAGCCAUGUGAAGUACUCGCCGCUGGAGCAGCAUGCAGAUCCGUAUUACCGGGGAUCGGUUAACGGAAAACUAUCAAAUGGACUGCACAGGACAGGAAACAGCCUCUUGGCGAAUGGCAGCGGAAUGCCGAACGGAACGACCACGCGGCUGCUCUUUGUCUAGUACUGUAUACGACAGAGUACGUCAAAACGGACAAACGUUACCAGAAAAACAAUCUAGAAAAGUUUUAGCUUUGCUGCAUCGGGCGUGAUGCUCGGAUAUGAACGAUCGGAAACGUGCUGAGAACUCAAAAAAGGAAAUAAUAAAUAUUUCUCAAAUCAACUGAAGAGAGAUAGAGACAUGGGUAAGUCGUCAUCUGGACCAACCAAUAUGAUCAGUAAGUAUAUAACAGCAUAAUAGUGCCCUCUGGAUGGGUAUAAGCCUUGAUGCUUGGGUUCUUCCAAGUCUUUGGAAUACGCACCCAAGCCCGGAGAAGUCGUUCUGGAAGAUCCAGGCAAUCAGCUCGCCGGUGUCGCUGCGGCACACUCCCAGAGAUUUGUUGAAGCGAGUCAGCGCCCGGAGGUAAGCGAGCGAGCCCUCGCCCUUGUUGGGCCAGGUCUCGUGCACCAUGGCCGCAUCCUCGUCCCGCAGCGGCCGAAUGUCGAACUCGGACAGCAGCUCUGGGACUGCUGCAUUUGUGGCUUCGCCAUGCGGCAGGACCAUGCCGAAGCACUGACGCGGCUGGAUGGAGGUGACACCCCGUUUGAGGGCCAACUCCUUGACCUGGGCACAGAACUGGAGAUCCACAUUGGUCAGUAGGGCGCCCUGCGUCCACUCGAUCAGCUGCGUGCGCUCCAGGCACUCCCACAUCUCCGGAGCCCCGCCGGGCUGCCAGCUGAAGAAGGAGACGCUCUGCACGAUGUCCCGGUGAAGACUCACAUAGGUGCCCCACUGCCGGAAGUCCCCCCUCCUGUGUGUGAAGAACUCCUUUCUCAGGGAGAUGUAGUUCGGGUCACCGCGCUCUAUCCCAGCCUCGUCCAACUGGCGGUCCCACUUCCGCUGGUUGUAGAGCAACAGGUAGUGGAAGUUCCUCACAC